CCGCUGCAGUAAGGCGUUGGCGCGACCAGUAGGCGAGUAGCAGCAGCAGAAACUCCUCAGUGAGCGCGUUCCUCCGUCACGUUGCAGACGCAGCCGCAGCCGCCGCCAUGUCGCACCAGGUGACCAUCACGAGGACCACGACCACGACGACCACGUCGGCCAUCCUCAUCAACACUGGCUACAUGCGCUCCUGGAGCGGCCUGCUCAAGCUGUGCCAGACGAUUCUGGGUGCUGUCUGCCUGGGGAUUGUUGCAUAUUAUGCAGACCAAGUUGGUGUUGUAUAUACAAGGAAUGCACAGUUCUUCUUCAUACUGAUGACAACAACUUUCCUAGUAGCAACAUUCUGUCUACUCCUUGCAUGUGUUCUCUCCCUAAGCGCAGGGACUGUCAUCUCCAAAACACUCUAUGAACUGAUUUAUCACUCAAUAGCUUUUAUAUUAUAUCUUGCUGCUUCUCUGAGACUCAUUAUUCAAAUAAGUGAUCACAAAAGAUCUUAUAGUUAUGAUGGACACAUGGCAGCAUCGGUGAUUGGCCUUGUAAAUACAGCUCUCUAUUUGCUCAGUGCUGUGUUCUCCUACAGAUCUUACAGGCUGCCAUAAACAAGAAAGGAUUUAACUCAUCCAUGCCAUUAUCAACACAUCAUCAGCAGCAGCUUAAAAAUGAUUUAUAUGUAUGUUUAUGGGUAUAUUUUGUUUACAUUCAGAAAAUCCUGCCUUCUGAAAAUGUUUAUAUGACAAUCUGAUAGACUCUUAUUUUAAAAAUAAAUGGACUAUUUUAGAAUAUUUAAUACUGAUCUGAACAUUACUUAAUAUCUCCAAUUUAAAUGUUACAUAUCAUAAUUAUUUUUUAUGCUGCUUUUUAACAUGAACUCUGAACAUAAAUGUGAUUUUCUUUACUUUCUAAACAUUCUCUUUGAGAAAAAUUUCAGCUUCAUUCCGUAACUUCUUAAAAUAUAUCUCUUCUGACAUCUGUGCUAGUCAGAUUGGAUAAACAGUGUACAGAAUAUAUUGCAAAGUGAACUUGAUACCAUGAAGGUAUAAAGCUUUGCAAUUAGAAGAUCUAUGUAAAUCAAUUAAUUCAUUGGGGUGAAAAGAGCAUGGGAAAUCCCAUCAUGGCAAAAAAAAUUAAAAAAAAUUAUGGUUUCAAUUUUCAGAUGUAUCUUUGACUUACAGUAGAAAUAUUAUUAGUAAAGUACAAUAUUAUCAUGCUUGUAAUAUUUUUAAAGACUCAGAUACCACCUACUACUUGUGUUGAUUAAAUUUCUGUGUUGAGAUGACCUUUUAUUAAGUUAUUCAUAGUGUGUAGUUAAAUAACAAAUGUUAGUUAGUAAAUUUGUGUGUGUGUGUGUGUGUGUGUGUGUGUGUGUGUGUGUGUGAGAGAGAGAGAGAGAGAGAGAGAGAGAGAGAGAGAGAGAGAAAAUUUAUAGUAGACUGGUAUGAUUCAUGCAUUUACUGUUGUGACUGUAAUGUGAAUUGAGACUCCUAAUGACAUCAGUGAAAGAUGGCUAGUUAUAUCAUUUUGUAAGGUAUCUUUCAUCUCAUUUUGCACAACUAUUUUGUCAUAAACUUAGAGGUCUUAUUAUGUCAAAUAACUUAUUCAUUAACUAUGUAUAUUUAUUGGAAUAAAUGUUUGUAGAAAAAUU